AUGCAACUCCACGUAUCAGAAGUGGGCUCAUGUGCUCUUAGGCACGGGGUCUCGUGGGUUCGCGCCGUUGUGAAGCAACGAUUUUUAGGCAGUCGACUCCAGUGCUCAAGCAUCGAGGAACAUGAGGAAACUUGUCAGCUGCGAAGCUACCGCUCCCGAGCCCACAAGCGAUGUUUUCUGGAAAAUACUUCCUGCACCCCCCCUCCCCCCCCUGUUUGCAGGCAUCUAAUACUGAAAUUGUUGUUGGUGUCGGCACGAAUAGAAUUUUAUGAUUGUAACAAUGGUGAAACUGUGCGGUUCGAUCUGAGGACUGUUUCGCUCAAUGGCGACGAAGUGUGGAUUGUCGGCAAACCACCCCUUCUGCUCCACUCCAAAGACAGCGGCAAGAGCUGGAAGAAGGUGCCCGUCUCAAAGAAGCUCCCUGGCGAGCCGAAGGUCAUCGUUGCCCUGGGACCGGGCAAGGCGGAGAUGGCAACCUCCAGUGGGGCUAUCUAUGUGACCGAGAACGAUGGCAAGAAUUGGAAGUCGCAAGUGUCUGAGACCAUCGACGCAACGCUGAAUCGCGUCUCCCAGAGCGGUGUUUCCGGCGGAAGCUACUUCACCGGAAGUGUCAAGUCCAUCAAGCGAAACUCCAAGGGCGAGUACUUGGCCAUUGCACAGCGCGGAAACUUCUACUUGAGCUUCGUUCCUGGAGACACCCGCUGGGUGCCGCACAAUCGUAUCUCCGCCAGACGUAUCCAGGGCAUGGGCUUCAGAGAGACUGCCAACGGCGAGCAGUUGGACGGCGCUUGGAUGAGCCUGAACGGUGGUGUGGUCACGGUGUGCGACAAGAACACGUUCACGGACCUCGCCUCCGACACGAAGGAGUUGUUCCAGCUCGCAAAGAUCCGCUCAGGUGGUAUUGGCAUCAUCGAUGUUGGAUACCGCACGCCGAACGAGUGCUGGGCAACAGGAGGCAGCGGCGUGCAACUCGACGGCUUUUGGGGACACGGGGGAUUCUGGGUUUCACGCUUGGGGUCGGCGAUAAUGCCCGGGGGGCCAGAGCUCAAGACUUUCAGUCCAACCUUCCAGAUUAAAUCCAGCAAGCGUCAUCCCGAACUGUCCUCAAAACCUCUGAACUUGUUUAAACCUCCGAGGCCCCGAGCCCUCUGA